ACUGUGGCGGCGGCGGCGGCUGCAGCGGAGGAAGUUUCUGCUUUGCACUCCACCCCGGUAGCAGCUUCGUGACCGGAGACAGCUUCCUCCGGACGCUCCGAGGGUUCGCUACCGCCGCGAGUCAGUCGGACCCUACUAUGGGGUUGCCCAAGGGGCCGGAGGGCCAGGGUCUCCCAGAGGUAGAAACAAGAGAAGAUGAAGAACAAAAUGUCAAGUUAACAGAAAUUCUGGAGCUUUUGGUGGCUGCUGGGUAUUUCAGGGCAAGAAUUAAAGGCUUGUCACCUUUUGACAAGGUUGUGGGAGGAAUGACUUGGUGCAUUACCACUUGCAACUUUGACAUAGAUGUUGAUUUGCUCUUUCAAGAAAACUCUACAAUAGGUCAAAAAAUAGCUCUAUCAGAAAAAAUUGUCUCAGUCCUGCCAAGGAUGAAAUGUCCACAUCAGCUGGAGCCCCACCAGAUCCAGGGGAUGGAUUUUAUUCACAUAUUUCCUGUUGUUCAGUGGCUGGUGAAGCGAGCUAUAGAAACUAAAGAAGAGAUGGGUGACUACAUCCGCUCCUACUCUAUAUCCCAGUUCCAGAAAACCUACAGUCUCCCUGAGGAUGAGGACUUCAUGAAGAGAAAAGAAAAAGCCAUCAAGACAGUGAUUGAUCUUUCGGAUGUUUACAAGCCCCGUCGGAAAUACAAACGCCAGCAGGGAGCAGAGAUGCUGCUUGAUGAAGAAUCUCGAAUCCAUGCUACACUUUUGGAAUAUGGCAGGAGAUAUGGAUUCAGUCGCCAGAGUAAAACAGAAAAGGUAGAGGAUAAGAAAAUGGCACUUCCCACAGGGCUCACGGCUACAGAAAAACCUGAUGUCCACGAAGAGGAUGAGCUUCAAGCUGCUGAAGAGCAGCGUAUUCAGUCACUGAUGACCACGAUGACUGCCAUGGCAAGUGAGGAGAGCCGUCUCACCGCCAGCUCCGUGGGCCAGAUUGUGGGACUCUGCUCUGCCGAGAUCAAGCAGAUUGUGUCUGAGUACGCGGAGAAGCAGUCUGAGCUGUCAACUGAAGACAGUCCAGAAAAACUAGGAACCUCCCAGCUCCAUCGACGGAAAGUCAUCUCCUUGAACAAACAGAUUCUGCAAAAAACUAAACAUCUAGAAGAGCUUCAGACAAGUCAUUCCAGCUUGCAAGCCAGAUACAACGAAACCAAGAAAACACUGACAGAGCUGAAGAGUUACAGUGAGAAACUGGACCAAGAACAAGCAGCCCUCGAGAAGAUAGAAUCCAAAGCUGACCCAAGUAUCCUGCAGAACUUGAGAGCACUUGUGGCCAUGAAUGAGAAUCUGAAAAGCCAGGAACAGGAGUUUAAAGCACAUUGUCGAGAGGAGAUGACAAGGCUGCAGCAAGAAAUCGAAAACCUAAAAGCUGAGAGAGCGCCAGGCGGAGGUGAAAAGCCACUCACCAGUGGAGAGCCUGAAGCCCUAAAUACGGUGAUGACUCAUAAUGAAGACCUAGAUAGACGGUAUAAUAUGGAGAAAGAGAAACUUUACAAGAUCCGUUUACUCCAGGCUCGAAGAAAUCGAGAAAUCGCAAUUUUGCAUCGCAAGAUUGAUGAAGUGCCCAGCAGAGCCGAGCUAAUACAGUACCAGAAGAGAUUUAUUGAACUCUACCGCCAGAUUUCAGCAGUACAUAAAGAAACCAAGCAGUUCUUCACUUUAUAUAAUACCCUGGACGAUAAGAAGGUGUAUUUGGAAAAAGAGAUUAGUCUGCUGAACUCAAUCCAUGAGAACUUCUCACAAGCCAUGGCCUCCCCUGCUGCCCGGGAUCAGUUUUUACGUCAGAUGGAACAGAUUGUAGAAGGAAUUAAGCAAAGUCGAAUGAAGAUGGAAAAGAAGAAGCAAGAAAACAAAAUGAGAAGAGACCAGUUGAAUGACCAGUACUUGGAAUUGUUAGAAAAACAGAGGCUAUAUUUCAAGACUGUGAAAGAGUUCAAGGAGGAGGGCCGCAAGAACGAGGUGCUGCUGUCCAAGGUGAAAGCCAAGGCCUCCUGAACAUUCCCCUCCAUCAUCCUGCGUCACCGAUUUUUUUUUUUAAUGCCAUAUGUCAACUACAAGAUCAUGAAAUGGUUGUGAUCCUGAAUAGAGAGAGGCAGGUGUAAUGAUUCCCAGCACCCUGGAUAUGUCCUUGCUCCUGUUUGCUUCCAUUUCAUCUCUGUGUUGGUUGUUGAUGGAAUAGACCAUGUAAACAUGCAGCCCGGAUAACACCCAUCAUCCUGUGAAGAAUUAUGGGUGGGACUUGGUUUUUGUGUUGAUCCGACUUUUAUUUCUCUAGUAACAUUGCCGAUAUGAAGGUUCCUGUGUUUGUAUGGGUUCUCUGAAUAAAGAGGAAUUCCUUUGUUCAACAAGUAUUAAUUGAGCAAUAAGCACUGAGGAAAACAGAAGUAUGUCACUUAGCCCUACACUCAGCAAGUGACCAGGGAGCAGUAUCGUCCACUGGGGCCCAGAACAUGGCCACCUUGGGAUUUUUCUUACCAGUCACCAGCCAUGUCAGUGCUGGUGACUUGGGCCCUUCAUCAGCCCAUGGUACCUUUCCUUCCUGGCUCCCUGAAGUGCCAGCUGGUAGGCUUAAUGAUGUAGCAACUAGCGUGACAUACCAGUGUUGUUAACCUAAUCCUUAUACACUACUCAUGUUCAUUUCAUCAAGAAUUGAAAACAAGGGCUUCAUUUUGAGGAUGUUUAAAUAACGACACCUUCAUGGCCACUUUCCCUCGAGUCACAGCCAGCCUGGGGCUGGCCUGUGCAGUCCCCUGCUUGCAAGCAGGUUCCAUGUGGCCUGCUGUCCACUUUAAGCCUGGGAGGGGGCACACACGCCACUCACUGCAGCCUGGGCAGGAGAGAGGUGAUCAUUCCAAGAGUCCAGCUUCAGGCAGGUACCGCUGCAUGUCAGAAGAGGAAGAGCAGUGAGGUGUGUGGAGGAUGUGGGAGACUUCGUGGAGGGGUCUAAAAGAGGAAACCUAUGUUAAUAGACAGAGGUAGGUAAGAAGACCAUUUUCAGUAGACACAACUAUGAUUGAAAACUCAAGAGGGAGCAGGGAAAAUACAAGGCAUGUUUGUUGGGAGAGAAGUAGAUGGGCCAGACUCUGCAGGAGGCCUUAGAAACCAGUCCAGGAGAUGGCUGAGGACCAGACUCUGAGGGCCUUGAAGGAAGAGCUGAGGGCAUCAUUUUGUCACCUGGAAAUAGACAGUCCAAACCAAACCUGGGGCCCCUCCUGCCCUGGCCCUCAGAGCCUGGCGACUCAGACCCAUCUCGCAGACCCCAGCACCAGGGUUGCACUUCAUCCACAUAAACCUGCACAUUUGGAUCACAGAACAAAAGCAUAAACAUGAUGGGAAAACAGGGCACUCGGUGCAGCACACAGCUGACUGUGUUUUCAGGCCCCUAAUGUACGUCACAUGCAUGGACUUAGACAUAACAGUCCAGUGCUGGGUUAGCAACAGCCGUUGGCUUCUGAGCAGCUGUGAGCCCUGCUGGUGUGCUGGGAGGGGCCAGCAUUUGAAGCUGUGCUUUCACUGGCCUGUGACUUUACUAAGGCUGGCCCCUGGGCUGUGCUCAUUUUUGAGUUUGAAAAGGCGUCAUAAUGUUGAGCCAAAUAAUUGCCGAAGAGCAGGUGGCGCUUUGAGGGCAAUGGAAAGGGAAGAGGGAGCAGUGUCACUGUAAAUUAUUGCAGGUUCAGGGAAACAUCUCCAUUACCGUGUUGAGAAGUUCUCAGACCCGCCUGCUCACCAUCAGCUCUUUGAGCAGUAAGGAGAUGAUAUAUUUACCUGUUCAGAGGUGGUAGAGGAGUAGGUGACAAGUCAGGGUCACUGACAUCGUGUUGGGUAAGACAUGGCUAAUCCAACACAGAAAGUCUCUCUAAAAGCGAGGGCAUGUAUUGGGGGCUGAAGAUUUUCCUUAGGCUUGGUUUUGGUGUCAGGAGAUACCAGUAGGUAUCUUUUCCCUAUUGUUAAUCAUCAAUGCCUAAUAGAGAUAAUAGUUUCCAUUCCUUGAGCAAGCUUUGCAUGAGACCUUGGGGCCAGUCUUAGCACUGUAUGUUUGCCACAGAUGCCCACAGUGGACAGUGCCUCUAUCAGGAGAUGCCCUGGGUCCCUAAUCAAGUCCCCCAGGGGUUACCUCCAAGGACCCCAUCCUGAUGUGUGCCAAGAAUAUAGUUGUGUAUACCACUAAGCCCACAGGCUUUUCUGGUUUUAAAAAGAGGGAAACGUCCUUUAUGAUUUUUAUGCUUCAGGAAGAACAGACUUUCCCAGGAAGCAACAGUGUCCUCUGCUCAGGCAACACCAUGAGGUUGCGAACUGCAGCCCUCCUGUGACUGACCGCCUGGCCCUGGAAUUCCCAGCAGCCUCUGGGUCAGGGAUCCCUACCUCCAUGCUUCCCAUGGAGUACAUGGGGAUGCUUUGGUUUGAGCCAAAAUCGGCCACUGUGAGCAGCACACAGCUAGAUGAUCACAAAGUAUCUGGGGAGAAACUUGGGGCCUACUUCUUGUCUUUGACCUGAGCUCAGUCUCACGUGUAUGACGAGGGACUGUGACCAGCACUGGAGGGAGGUCCAAGUGUUAGAGAACAGCUGUCACAGUAACACAACAGGGAUCUUUCCCUUUUGACAGGCCGUCUCCCAAGCUUGUCAGCCUCAACUCUUUUUAGGGGCUGAGCUUAUGGCUUUAAUCGGUUCAUGUCCACAGCUUGUAUUCUGUGGGAAGCCAGGUCCUGCCUGUAUCCACUGAGCCUGGUCAGCAGAACCGUGAGGCACAUGGCCAGUGUUAGUGGGGGGGCCUUUCCCAAGCUGAGGACAUGCCCCCAACAGUGCCAGAGCCCUUAGGGCCUCCUGAAACAGGAACCGAGGGUGGGGAGGGUCUCAGCAGCCCUCUUCUUACCUACCUCACACAGUGCUAUCUCUGGCCUCAGGCUGAACCAGGAGGUGCCUGUCAGGGCUGUCACGACCAGAGCUGACCUGUGGGGAAGGGCACUGCCACAGUAAGCGGUGACCGGUAAACCUUUUCCGCCUUGAUAUCUGCUGCCUCAGCAUGACUUGUGCCCUCUCGACAGGUGACUGUUGUCUAUAGGUGUCAGAGGGAAGUACUUUCAGCAAUAAGUUUGCACAGUUAACUUAGGCUGAGCCUGAGAUGGCCAUAGUUGACUUGAAGGAGUCUUUAAAGAAGAGCUACAGUCCAGUAACCAGCCUGUAGGAUGAGGUGCCCACCGCCUGUCCAUGUGGCUGGGCAAUACUCAGCUGGGGUGCUCAGUAAUGCCCAGCCACCCACCCCCCCUUGGUCCUUUCGCCCCACUCCAGAGCAUAUUUUUUUACAUAUGCUGAUGGGAUGAAAAUGCUGUAUAAAAAGUAUUAAUAACAGUCUUUCUUCACACAAUAAAUGUGUAAAAGCAGGAAACAUUGAGUAGCUGAUCUGCAGUAUCUUUGACAAUGUAGGGAAUCCUAGGGGCUCCCCACCCCAGCCUUACGUCAUUUCCUCCAACAUAACAAGCUCACACCUGCACUUGGCCUCUACUGUUGCCUCUGUCUUGACCAUUGCUCCAAGAUUGUGGGUGGUGGCUUUCCCUGACCACCUCAUCUUGUACAAAGCAGUUCAGUGUCAAGCCUGCAGCCCUGAUCACCUCCUCCUCUUUCCCUGCUGCCCACUUUGGUGGCAAAAGUCACUGUUUGAAUCUCUUAGUCUCCUGGGAGAUUUGAGAGUAACUUUGGAGCCACAAAAGCAAGCACCCUGCUGUGUCCUAGUGUCUGGCUAAAUGGAUGACUGAGGAAUUGUGGUCGGAUAUAAUGCUUCCCCAAAUUGCAACUUUGUGUCCUGCAUCAGCAGGCGGAACCAUAUUAUUUAUGCUGAAUUUGAGAACAGGGAGGCAGUUUUACUCAGCAACUUUAGAGGGUCUUCUGACCUCAAAGGUUAGAACCUUUCAAAGGUUCUACAGAUGUCCUUGUUCCCCAUGUAAGGAAAUAAAAGAGGAAAGGAACACAUUAAUGUCAGAGGUUAGAUCGUGUAUGUUUUAGUUCAAAAUAUGUCAUGAAAUCUAAAGGUAACUUGACUGGUUGAAAUGACCCAGCCACAUGGAUUGAAAGAAUGGGAAGCUGACCUCAAUAGGUUGGCAGAGUCUGGCCUGUACAACCCUCCAGCUUCCCAAUAGCUAUCAAAAAUGCAAAUGCACAAAUCUUGUGAGCCAGCAAUACUGCUUCUAAGAAUAUCCCUCUGUGCAAAGAUUUGCUUUGCAGCCUUGUUUGUAAUAGUGAAAAGUUGGAAAUUACCACCAAGAUGGGAAAAUGGUUAAGUAAAGGAUGACAUAGUCAUACAAUGAAAUAUUAAAGGAAAUUUAAAAGAAAGAAAGAUGCUGUCCUGUAUAUACUGCCAGGGAAUGAUGCCCAGCAUACAUGGUUGGGCUGGGAGUAGAGGGGGAAGAAGUUCUUGCUGUGUUUUUUUUUUU